AUGAAAGCCAUCAAACUAACGUUAUCAACUAUGUCCACUACUGAAAGGCUAAUUAAUGCAAACAGAGCUCUAUUGCAAUCAGUCACAAAUCAUAUUUUGCCUAAAGAGCUUUGCAAUGGAACAUUAUCAGAUGAUGUUCUAUAUAUCUACUGCGCUCAAGACAAAAAAUUCUUCGUAUUAGCCCUCCGUCUACUCGCUUUUUACUCUUCAAGAGCACCAAGUGAGGAAGCUUUACUACGUCUCUGUAAACAAGUUGGGUUCUUGGCAGGUGAAGAGAAUGACUACUUUGAUCAAUGUUUACAGAUAACUGAACGGGACCCUCUUAAAAGAUUCAAGACCCAAGUGUUACCAAAGGUUCAGAAAUACCUUGAUUUCUUGGAAAAGAUGCCCGCCUCUGUUGAUUAUGGACAAUGGGUCACUCAUAUGUGGUGUGCAGAGUAUGUGUAUUGGAAAUGGGCGCACGAUUUGCCCAGGUCAGACAAAUUAGAAUGGAAACAUGAGGAAUGGAUAAAACUACACGAUGGCGAUCAUUUUGAGGAGUGGUGUAACUUCUUGGCAGGUGAAGUGGAUAAACUGCAGUAUGAAGACGUAAGCAGAAUUUUUGUUACCACGUUAGAGCUUGAAAAAGAUUUCUUCGAUUCCUGUCUUGAAGCAGCCAAAUAA